CUCCUGGUCCUCCUGGACGAGCUGGCUUUCCGGGAGACAAAGGAUCAAUGGGCAUUCCUGGAAGAAUGGGCUUAAAGGGAAACACAGGGGAAAAGGGAGCUCCAGGGGAGCCAGGUCUAUCUAUCAUUGGCCCACGAGGACCUCCUGGUCAGCCGGGCACUAGAGGAUUUCCUGGCUUUCCGGGUCCCAUCGGCUUGGAUGGCAAGCCUGGGCAAAAUGGUCAGAAAGGGGACAUGGGCCCACCUGGUCCCAAAGGACUACCUGGUGAACCAGGUCCAAAAGGGGAAAAGGGUGUGUGUGGUGAUUAUACACAUCGGAUGUUGCCCAUCACCGUGCGCAACAUGCCCUCAAUAAGCCCUCUAAUUCUAAAGCGCCUCAAGCAGGGCGAGCCUGGAGCACAGGGACCACCGGGCCCUCCUGGCCCCCCAGGGCCUCCUGGUAGCCCAGGAUUGACUGGUGCUAAUGGGCCACCGGGAAAACCUGGAGAACCUGGAAAACCGGGAAAAGACCUGAGGAUGUUGACAGGAAUGAAGGGAGAACCAGGUGUACCAGGACAAAAGGGUGAUCGUGGUGAGACAGGAUUAACUGGACCUGAAGGCCCCAAGGGAUCCAAAGGGGAUCACGGACAGAAGGGAGAGGAGGGGAAGAUGAGUCUUGCAGGAGAGAAAGGAGAGAAGGGUGAGCGAGGGAUGCCUGGAAUGCCUGGAAAACAAGGAGUGAAGGGAGAACUUGGUUUUCCAGGGGCCCCUGGACUAAAGGGUCAGACAGGUAUUCCCGGCAUUCCUGGGAAGCGAGGCUAUAAGGGUGAAAAAGGGGAGCUGAGCUCUUCAGGAGUUGGCAUUAAAGGAGAACCAGGAGUGCCAGGACUGCCUGGAUCCAAGGGUCAAAAAGGUGAUCAAGGCAUUAAGGGUGAAACAGGACCUGAGGGCCAACCUGGACCAAGAGGUCCUCCAGGUGCAACAGGAGAACCAGGAAAAAUGUUAAUCAACAACAAUGAGAAUGAUAUUCGUAAUGUGCAUCUAAUGGGCCCACCUGGUCUACCAGGGCCUCCUGGGUUACCUGGUGCCAAGGGUGAAGUUGGACUGCCUGGGCCUCCUGGUCUUGAUGGGGAAAAGGGUCCUCGGGGAAAAGUGGGAGAGCCUGGACCCGUUGGCCCACCUGGACCUGAAGGGCCGCGAGGAGAGGGAGGAGUUAUGGGUUUCCCUGGACCUAAAGGGGAUAAAGGAGACAUGGGUCCCUCUGGAUCACCUGGUUUAGAUGGCCCUACUGGUGAAAAGGGGGCUACAGGGUCUCCUGGCCCCAUUGGAUUACCAGGCUCAAUGGGUCAGAAAGGUGAAGCUGGAGAGAAGGGGGAAAAUGGAGACCAGGUAUAUGGCCCACCAGGACCUCCAGGACCUGCAGGGCCAGUGGGACCUCCAGGAUUGUCAGGGCCAAAGGGGGAGCCAGGUCUGGGCAUGAGAGGAGAGAAAGGAUCACCUGGACAGAAAGGAGAUAAAGGAGACAGGGGUCAUCUUGGUCUACCAGGGGCUCAUGGUUUAGACGGCAAGCCCGGUCCAGUGGGUCUUAUAGGACCGCCUGGUAUACCAGGACCAGCAGGACCAAAAGGAGAGAGGGGUGAGAAAGGAGAAAUGGGAGUAGCAGGACCAAUAGGGCCUCAAGGCAUCCCUGGCUUAGUAGGACCACCAGGAUUAAAAGGAAACCGGGGGGAGAGGGGCAAGAGAGGCAACAGGGGGGCCAAAGGGGAUAAGGGAGACCAAGGAGCCCCAGGAUUAGAUGCCCCUUGUCCUUUGGGUGAUGAUGGUCUACCAGUACCAGGAUGUUGGAAUAAAGGUCAGAAUCCUUUCCAGCUGGCUAAGAAGUAACAACAAAUUGAGACCCACCUCUUCGUAGUGAGGUUUUAUUCUAAGCUAUAUGAAGAAACUUGAAGAGGAGAUCUUUGAGUUCAGACCUGCCAUGGCUGUUUCAUGGACGUUCGUGAGAGUUAAAGCACACAUAGCGUUCCUUGGAGGCUCCACAGGGUGGCGUAGGUGAACACCCUUCUCUUUGAUAGGACUACGUGAGCAAUUUUCAUCUUGACAUUUUUCUGCUGAGGGCUUCACCAGAGAAACUGCCACAACAAAAACAGUGUAUCAUUGCUCCAGACUUUAUACACAUUUCUUUCUUUUUAUCAUGUUCACUAUGUGAAAAAUGAGCAUUUUUGUUAUUGUUUAUUUUUUCCUUUUUUAUUAUUUGACACCAGUAACUGUGAUUUGAGAAUUCAGCGCAGCUCACUGAACAUGUCAUUUAGGUGAUCAUGUGUUUCCAGACUAACAAGCAAAAAAAUCCUUUAAUGA